AUGGCCAAAAAGAAGAACGUAUCUAGGAAGAAGCAGAGAAAGAGGACGAAGGCCAGAAAGAUCCACCAAGAGACCACUGAGCAGUUGGGUAAUCAGGGCGGCAAACAGGACAAGCCCAAGAAACAAGUGGCCACCGACGAGAAUGGCAGAAAGAUGACGGUCAUCAUGGGAGGAGAAGCGGAGAUGAAAAAGAUCUGGGACCGCAUGCAGGUGACUUUUGCCAUUCAAUCUCAGUUCAGUACGAUCUCCGAAAGGCUCGAGGGCGUCCGCUCAGCCAUCGAAACCAAGUCGACCACGAGCUAUCAGGAAUAA